GUGGAGUUGUACGCACCUCACCCGCGCUGUGCGAAGGCACUGGGUCGCUGGCAGAGGAGUCUUACCCUCAGGAAGCUACCGUCUCUACCGCCUCUUCCUCCUCCUAGGCCGCCUUCAGCGGCAGCAGCCGGCGGUGGCGGAGGCAGGGCUUACACUUGCCUCCUCCGCUACCUCCACCUCCGACUGCCAGCCUGCGUAGCGACGGCGGCGGCGGCCGCGGCUCCGGCUCCGCUAUGUCGGCGGCGGGGAGGGGGGGCAGUAGUUUUAAAGUAGACACUCGCCCUUGCCUCAGAGAAGAUGCCACUUGGAAUGAAGAAGAAAAGACUGAACUUUUUACAGAUAACUUUUGUCAAGUAUGUGGAGUGGUGCUGCAGUUCAACUCACAAAAGAUUUCACAUUAUGAGAGUGAAAAACAUGCUCAGAAUGUUAGACUUUAUUUUCAAAUGCAUGGGGAACAAAAUAAAGUACGUAGUAAGAAAAUGAAGAUACAUGUUAGGAAUUUUAAGGUACAUAGGACUGAAGAACUGGACAGAGAUAAAUUUUGUGACCUCUGCAACAUGAUUUUUAACUCCUCAGUUGUUGCUCAGUCUCACUAUAUGGGGAAGGUUCAUGCUAAAAAACUGAAGCAAUUAACAGAGAAACGUAAUCAGGUACCUCCAUCAGCAUUUCAGCCAGAAAUGGAGUCAACUUUCCUGAAGCUCCUUGCUGUUAAGCCUCCUCCAAGUAGAACUGUGCCAUCCUCUUCGGGCAGUGCUCUGCAUUUGAAUAAUCAAAGCACAUAUUGCAAACUCUGUCCUGCUUCCUUUAAUAGUCCAGUAAUGGCCCAACAGCAUUAUGCUGGGCAAAAACACAAAAGAAAUGAAGCUAGGAAGAGGUUUAUAGACAAGAUAAGAGAGAAACAUCUUCCACCAAGAUCAAAUGCACAUGCAUUAAAUAUGAGAACCUAUGUUUGCCGUAUUUGUAGAAUCACCUUUACGUCUUUAGAUAUGUUCUGGUUGCACAUGCAAGGAAGAGAACAUCAAAUCAAGGAAUCUCUUGUUAUCAGUCUAGCAAAGACACAAGAUGAAUGUGCAAAUUACAUCAAACUAAAGAAAUACAGAGAACAAGAAUCCAAGACUCAUUUCAGAAAAAUGGAAGAAAACUCUUUGGAAGCUCAUGGGUCCAGAGAAGUAGUUGAUUACAGACUUACAAAUAAAAUAUUUGAACAAAGAUUCCCAUCUGAUACUUGCCAGACAUACCCAGGACCAUACAAUAAUUCACAGGCAGUGAAAAACCAGUUACCUCAUUGCUUACCAGCUCAUUCAGAGAAGACAUAUGACUCAUUCCAAGAUGAACUUGAAGACUAUAUCAAAGUGCAGAAAGCUAAAGGACUAGAUCCACAGACUUGUUUUAGAAAAGUAAAAGAAAACUCAGGGGACUCUGGAUACAGAGAAAUGUUUGAUUCUGGACCCAGACAAAAAAUACAUGAGCAAAGCUUUUCAUGUGAGACUUUCCAUACCUACCAACAGCCAUACAAUAGUUCACUAGUGGAUGGUCAGUUACCUCAUUGCUUAUCAGCUCAUUCAAACAGAACAUAUGACUCUUUCCAAGAUGAGCUUGAUGCUUAUAUCAAAGUGCAGAAAGCCAGAGGUUUAGAGCCAAACUCCUGUUUCAGAAAGAUAGUCAAUACCUCUGUGGAAACUCAUAGGUAUGAGAAAAGGUCUGAUAGUGGACCCGGACAUAAAAUGUUUGAGCAAAGACUUCCAGUUGAAACCUUCCAGACCCACACAAAACCAUACAGUAAUUCCCAAGUAGUAGAAAACCAGUUGCCUCAUCCAGGUCAUGACAGCAAACAGACAUUUGAUUCUUUAAGCUAUCAACUCACCAGAGACGAUUUUCCAGAAAAACCAGUACCCCUGAGCUUUAAUCAUCAAGAAAAUAACUCUAACCCAUACAGCACAGAAUGCGAAGUUUACAAGCAUUUCUCAUUAGAAAACCAUACUAGUGACCUUCGAGCAGAUUAUAAACAGCGACAUCAGAAGAGACAACAGUAUGUGGAGAAAGGCAAAGAAAGACCAGAGAAGGAACAGUCCAAGCAUAAAAGGAAAAAGAGUUACGGAAAAGAUUUAGACAACGAGAAGAACAUGCAACAAAGCAAAAGGAAACAGGAUAAAAUCAGAGUCAGUUCAGGAAAGCUUAAGCAUCAAAAAAAGAAAAAAAGCCAUGAUGUAACUUCUGAAAAAGAACAUAAGCACAAGGAAAAGAAAAAGAAAUCUGUUGAAGAAAGGACAGUAGAGGAAAUGCUUUGGGAUGAGUCAAUUCUUGGAUUUUGAACUUUUGGUUUAUCCAAGGAUUAUUUAAAGAAAACGGCAUAAAUUUAGAUAAUGACAGGAGCAUCAAGUGAAGAAAAGGAGUGAUAGAUAAUGCUAGACUGGGAAAAGCUUAAUUGUGUGUGUGUGUGUGUGUAAAACUUUAAUUGAAAGAGGAAACAAACAAAAAAGCCUAAAUCUAGUCUUUGAAAAUUAACAUAAGAGAAAACUAUUGAGGAAAAGACAAGAGUCAAUAUUUUGGGGGAGCCUACUCUUGUAUUUUGAAAUUUUAGUAUUGUGUACCCAAGGAUAAAUUGAAGAAAUCAGUUAAGAAAAAAUCUUUUGACAAAACAAGUGCAUCGUAUGAGAAGAAGAAUAGAUAGAUUGUAGUCCAGGGAAGUAGAUUAGUCCCCUUCUUCCCUCUCUGUCUCCCUUCCUUUUCUGGUAAAAUGUGAAAUUUUAUUGAGAGAAGAAACAAACAAAAAAUCCUAAACUUAGCCACUGAGAUACAAGAGUAUAACAUAAAAAGUACAUGAGAAAAUAAAAUUAUUAAAGAGCAGAAAGAGCCAGUGCUUUGGCAUGAGUCUAAUCUUGGUUUUUACACUUUUCAAUUUUGUUGACUUAUAGUUGAAGAAAUAAGAAAGUUUGGUUUCAGUAAGUUUGUUUUAUUCAAAUUUUUCUCUGUGGACAGUAAAUUUCUAUUUUUAAAAAAGCCAAAUGAAGUAAAAGUAUUCAGUAUUCCUUUUCCUCAAAUAACUUUUCAUUCUGUAAAAAAUUUGAAAAUAUUAAAUAUUUCUUACAAAAGAAAAUAAUUUUCCUAAAUGUAAAUGAGGUUGUCUCUACUUUGUUCAUCAAAGUGCUGUGAUAGUGAAUUAUGUAUCCAUUUAUUUUAAAUUAGAGUAUUACCAAGCACUGCACUAUACAGCCAGACCACCCUGAACACUCCUGAUUUUGUUUGAUCUUGAAAUCUAUUUAGUGUCAGGCCUGUGGGAGAGCAGGCAUUAUAGAAUAGAUUCCUUUUGAGGUUUGUCUUAGUGUUGAUGGUAUUUUUUAUUGCUGUGUGUUUAUUUAUGUUUCUUGGUUUUCUCAAAGGAAAAUGUAUGAAACAAUUUCAACUGAUAUUUUUUGUUAAACACGAUGUGCAGUAUUUUUUAUUUGUAAUUCUGAAUGUGGAAAAUUAGUCUAUAAUCUUAGAUGAUACAUUCUAAAAGUUGUCAAAAGUGCUGAUACGAAAGUAUUGUAUAUUCUGUAAAUGUUUAUAAUAAAGUGUUUCAAUUUUUACAUAUUAUUUUAUGUAAAUGAUCAUUUUCCAUCCAAAGAUGAUUGAUCUAAGAGUAAUAGGGGCAAUAAUGGAACAGUUUGCACUUAGUAUUUUGGGGGAGAUCACACUGUCAAACUUUAAUAAUUUCAUUUCUUCUUCAUCUUGCACAGUAGAAGUUAGUAUUCCAUCUUGAACUCACUGUCAGGUUAGAAAAAAUAUGAUCAACUAAACACUUGCAACUAAAGAAGGGAAAAAUUUCAGUGGUAGAGGGCCAUGAAAGUUUAUUACUUUUAAAUUGUUUGAUUUUGAUUAAAUGUUUUUUACUCUGAUUUUCCCUUUAUUGCGAUCACCACUAAUAACCAUUUGCCACUGUGGUAUAGCACAAAAUGUAAUGGCUUGAGAAACCAAAUUAGAGUAUUCUGGUCCCAAUUGUACUAUAAAGUUGCUUUUUGAUCUUGUAAGAAUACCUGUAGAACCCCACAUGAAGUCAUGCAGCAAUAGAAAAAAUGGGUUAUAGUUUCUUUGCAUACUAAACUUAUCAAAAUAAGUAAAUUUUGAUGAUGGCAUAUCUUUAUUUUAUUCAAGGCAUUAAAUAGGAGUUUUUGAGAGUUGAAUAAAAUAAUGCAAAUGUGCUAAAAAGUAUUGGCUGUAUUCAUAUGUAAUAGAAUUAAUAACACCAAAGAGUGAGAUAGUCCUCAAAUCAAAUUUUUUCUUGAGACUUUUCAUGUAAGAUUAUUUCAGCUGAGCGUACUGGUGCACACCUCUGUAAUCCUCCUCACUCAGAAGACUUGAGAUCAUUUUGGGGUACAUAGGAAGUUUAAGGCCAGCCUGUAAUACAUAUUAAGACCUUGUCCCCAAAAUCCAAA